UAAUGUGUCAUCUUGCAUCUAAGCCUCCCAUUCCCUUUCUAUAUAAAAAGAGAAUUGUUUAAUGCUUAACACUCUAUAUUGCCAAGACACAUAUACUACACUGUUCAGUGAAGAAAAUCAUCUUAAGAACAAAAAUGCAGCUUCCCACAACUAUAAUCUUCCUUUGUGCGGUUGCAUCUGUCUCCUGUUCAAUAUCUAGCACUCAUCUAAGAGUUCAGAGAUCAGCUUUGGAAUGCCCACAAAAAAUAGCUGUUUGCCCCAAACUUACAUGUGACGCUAAUAACUUUGGAUUUUGCGUUGAUAAGCAAGAGCUCUUAGAUUUGAAAGUUGACAUUUAUAAUAUUCACCUGCUGGACAGAUCAUGUAAAGCCAAUGUUAUUGGUGAUAAAGUAUGCAUAAACUGGGCAUUAGGAGCUUUUGUAUGUGGAACCACAGCUGAACUAACCGAUACACACGUCACAUAUAAAAAUAUCAUGUUUUUGCCACCGGAUCCUGUCUAUGUUAUAUACCGAGAGGAGUACCGUUUCAAUGUCUCCUGCACAUUUCCUCUGGAUUUGUUAACAUCUCUUGGGACGGUCCUGUACCCCAUCAUUGUAAUCAUCAGUAUUCCUGUUGAUGGAUAUGGGGAGUUUCAAGUGGGGAUGGCUGUUUACAAAGAUGCCAGCUUCAUUACGCCUUAUGAUUCUGAUGUUUUUUUGUCAACACAUGCAAUGUUAUAUGUUGGAGUCUUUAUUUAUAAUGACUAUAAUAAUGAAUUUAACUUGGUAAUGAAAAACUGUUAUGCUACACCAACAAUGAAUCCAAAUGAUCUCAAGAAAUACGAUAUAAUCAUGGAGGGAUGCUCUAAUACUUUGGAUAAGACCAUCAAAAUUGUCGAAAAUGGAGAAUCAAGCAAAGGGAAAUUUCAAGUGCAAAUGUUCAAGUUCAUUGGGGAUCACUCAAGAGUUUAUUUGCACUGUGAAGUGUACCUGUGUCAUAAAUCAAAAUCAUGCAAGCCUAACUGCUUUGGAAGAAAGUCCAACAAUGAACUUCCAGAAGCCCUUGGUUCUUUGAGACUUGGACCCAUAAACCGUUCAGAUCCCCCUACAGAUGAUGCUGAUCCUCCUACAGAUGCUGCUGAUCCUCCUACAGAUGCUGCUGGAAAGUCAACUUCGGGUGGCUUCAUGCUCUUUGGAUUUCUUUUAUCAAGCUAUCUGUUUUUUUAAAUUUUCAAAAGCUGUACUAUUCUGACACCUUUGCAGAACCUUAAUUUUGCCAAUAGACAUAUGUAAUUAUUAAUUUCAUAAUAAUUUAUGAAAUGCAAUUUAUUUGAUGAUGGCUAUUGUAAACACGAUCAUUCUAUAAUACCUGUUUAGAUAAUCUCUGGGGAUCAUAUAAUAACAAUGGUCAAAUCUGUUUCUGUGCAGUAACCCACAGCGAAUAGUGAGCCAUAAGUUUUUCUUGGUUAGCUGCAGGUAGAAUAGAGAAAACAAUGUUCUGACAGUUUGCUACUAGUCGCUGCAUGGGGCCAAAUUUCUCACUGUUAGUAAAAGUUUUUCUGGAUUCUUGGCUGCCCUUUUAGAUAAAAAGUGUGCCAAAACACUGCUAAUAAGAACCAAUGCCAAAAUGGGGGUCAAGGGGGCAGCUUCAUGCCUAUGAACCUUAAGUAAAGUGGGAAAGAAGAAAACAAUAAAAAAGAUCAGCUGCAUCAUGGUCAGAUGAAACAUAUACAUAGAUGAAACAUAUGUUUAUAUUUAUAAACUCAUAUAAAUAUAUUUUAUUUAAAUGGAUGUUCAGAAUCUCUUUGCUCCAGCCUUUGGAAUUAUACUACUCGGGUAGCAGGUUGCACGGCAUGACAUACAUUUUUCUGCAUCUUCCUUUAGAGCAGGCAUAGGUAACUGAAAGGAACACAUCAGCAUGGUUUGGGGAGUGCCAAUACAGUUCCUACUGUAAAAUAUCAUGACGCGUUGCAUUCCAAAUGUAUUUUCUUAUAUUGAAACUAGAUCAUUUGAAAAAUCAGGGACACGUCUACUAACUGUUAGGUUGCAGCGAUUGCCAACUCAUUGUUUUCAUAAGAGCAGUAUGCAUCGAUACACACCUUUAUUUCAGUAUGAACAAAUGAAAUAGAACUUGUGCUGAAAAUGUACGCUAUCCCUUCUUUUAAUUUAAACAACCCAUAUUUUAAUAUUCAUUUAAAAAACAAUAGCGGAUAACCGUUAUAGUUUUAGAGUUUCUACCUCCCUGUAAUCAGCUCUGUUAGUUUAGAUAGAGAUAAUAAUAGAAACAAGUCCCUGACCCGUUUAUUCCUUUGCUGCAACUGUUUUGGCUUACAGAUAAGGAGAAGUCCAUCAUAUGGGGGAGUGUACAGUGGUAAUCGAAUUAAACUACCACGCAAAAACUAGGACAUUCAAAACAGGAGUUAGUUUAACUUUCUGACAAAAAACAUUUUUUUUAAUUAAAACAAUAGACUACAAAUAUUAAGCACAAUCCCUAUACAUUGAACCCAUGUUGAACAAGGAGGUAUAUUAACUAUUUUUAUUAACAAGUAUUUUUAGAAUGCCAACAUAUUGAGUAUUAUUAUACAAAGAACUGCAUACAGUACAUACAGUAUAUCAAACAUACACAAACAUACAUAACAACCAGUACUGGUACAAAAGACGAGGAAGUCCCUGUGAAAAAAAGAGCUAACAAUCUAAAGGGGAAGGGAAUGAGACACAAGGUGCAGG